GGUUUGUUCGUCUCUUUCCCCCAAGCCCCCUUCGCUGUUGCUCUCUUCUUCGCCCGCUCCUCUUUGCUACCAAAUGCCGAUGGCGAAGCCUCCGAAUCCCAAUUCCCAGAAGAACGAGAAGAGACCGCAGGGGAAGGUCGAUGAGGAGGAGGAGGAAGACGGCAGCCAAGUGUCCGACCUCGACGACGAGCAAUCUCGAUCGGACGUCUCCUCCGAUGGGGAUCCCUUCACCGAUGACUUCCUUGGAGGCAGCGAUGAGGAAGGAGAGGAAUUGAGGUCAGAGUCGGACGAGUCUGAUUUAGAGGCGAAGUCAAGAGCGAUUGAUGAGGCGAGAGCGAGGGCAGAGUUGGAGGCAGAUGAGGAAUUGAGGCUCAAUAUAAAGGAAGAGUCGGAUGAGUUCAGAUUGCCGACAAAAGAGGAGCUCGAAGAAGAAGCUCGUCUGCCACCAAACCUUUCAAAUCUCCAGCGGAGGAUAAAAGAGAUUGUCCGUGUGCUCACAAAUUUCAAGACUCUGAGGCAGGAGGGUGCCUCGCGGAAGGAUUACAUUGAUCAGCUUAAGGCGGACAUAAUGGCUUAUUAUGGCUAUAAUGAGUUUCUAGCUGAUACUUUCAUUGAGAUGUUCCCAGCUGUUGAGCUCAUUGAACUACUGGAGGCUUUUGAGAAGAACAGACCUGAAUGCUUGCGUACAAACACUUUGAAGACUCGGAGGCGGGAUCUUGCUGGUGUUCUAAUAAAUAGAGGGGUGAAUCUAGACCCAGUAGGGAAGUGGUCUAAGGUUGGGCUCGUUGUGUAUGAGUCACAAGUGCCAACUGGUGCAACACCUGAAUAUUUGGCUGGGCACUACAUGAGACAAGCUGCAAAUUCUUUUUUACCUGUUAUGGCUCUUGCUCCCCAAGAAAAGGAACGAAUUGUUGAUAUGGCGGCUGCUCCAGGUGGUAAGACAACAUACAUUGCAGCUCUUAUGAAGAACACUGGAGUAAUUUAUGCAAAUGAGUACAAGGAACCAAGGCUGAAGUCACUACUAGCCAACAUACAUCGUAUGGGUGUGACAAACACUGUAGUGUGCAACUAUGAUGGGAAGGAGCUACCGAAGAUUCUCGGAUUAAAUUCUGUUGAUAGAGUAUUACUGGAUGCCCCCUGCACCGGCACUGGGACUGUAUGCCCAGAUCAACAAUCUAUUAAAACAUCCAAGUCCAUUGAAGAUGUACAAAAUUGUGCUUUUCUUCAAAAGCAACUGAUUUUAGCAGCAAUUGAUUUAGUGGAUGCUAAUUCAAAAUCAGGGGGAUAUGUUGUCUACUCAACUUGCUCUGUGAUGAUUCCAGAGGUUUGUAUAAAGAACAUGAAUGCCUCGUCACUUAAUCAAAAUUCAAGAUUAAUGUGUUAUCUUUUUAAGGCAUUCCUUUAUAUUGUGCAGAAUGAAGCUAUUAUAGACUAUGCACUUAGAAAGAGAGAUGUAAAGAUUGUGCCAUGUGGAUUGGACUUUGGUCGCUCAGGAUUCAUCCGCUUUAGGGAGCAUAGGUUUCAUCCCUCUUUGGAAAAAACAAGGCGGUUUUAUCCCCAUGUAAACAACAUGGAAGGAUUUUUUGUGGCGAAGUUGAAGAAGCUAAGCAAUUCCAAACCAGCAGCUCCAGGAGCUCCUAACACAUCAGAAAAAACAGAAGAGGCAGCAGCUAUCGAUGACGAUAAGAAGCUACGGAAGGAUGCCCCAAAUGGAAAGCCUGAGCAGCUCAAAAAUUCAAGGAACGGUAAAGGAAAGAAAAAGAUUGGUUUUAAAAGCGGAACCCACAGCGAAGGAAAGGUAUCACCAUCCAAACCCAAGCUGAGGAAAAAAUGGAAGUUCGCUUCUAGAGAAGAAAUUUCGCAAGCCAGAGAGGAGAAAAGGAAAUCCUUGAAGAAGAGAAAGGUCUGAGGAGCAUGGUAUUGGAAGAGCAAGGGAGAACAAGCUGUUGAAUUGAUGUGGGGAGGAGGAAAAAACCCUCGGCUGCUCGAUCGACCGAUUGGGACCUAUCAACUGGAUUCAGGUCGGGGCAAAGCAAAUUUUGACUCUGAAAAUUUGUAUCUCGAAAUAGUUAAGUCUUAUUUGCAGGCUUAUAAUAUAUCCUGAGCCUUUGUGCUAUUAUUUCACUUUUUUUUAAAAAAAUAAUUCUACUCGUCAUGAUAUAUAUCUAAUUAUUUAGCGUUUUCUUGUGCUAUUGA